AUGGAAAGAUUACAUGAAAGUGAACACGCAGCUUCGAAAUUAAUGUGGAAUAUAUUCUUUACAGCAACUGCUCUAACAUCAAUUGGAUACGGUAGCACUGUUUCGGAUUCAUUUUUUGCCCGUUUAUUUACCAUUGUUUAUAUAUUUAUUGGUAUUCCAUUAUUUCUCAUUACAAUUGCCGACUUAGCCAAAUUUUUUACCGAAUUUCUUAAUCGAUCAUAUGCAGAAGUGCUAAAGUAUAAAGUUAUUACAAGUCGUAAACUGAAAAAUCGUUUUGAAGUGCCAAUCGAUGAAAUUAUCAUUUCUGGUGGCGAUGAUGAAGUAGCCGAAUUUUUAUGGACUCACUUAGAGGAUGCGCAUUUUGUUGAAGUACCUUUUAUUGUAAUUUACAUUUUGCUAUUUGCAUAUUUAAUAGCUUCAAGUUACCUCAUUUCAUGGAUUGAAGGAUGGAACAUUUUUGAUGGCUUUUAUUUUGUUAUAAUAUCAAUGCUCACAAUUGGUUUUGGAGAUUUAGUACCUCGAAAUCAAUCAUUCAUAUUGCUCACAUUAUUGAUAAUAAUAUUAGGAUUGAUCUUAGCUACAUCAUUUGUUGAUGUAAUUGGCACCUAUUACAUUGAUCGAUUGCACUUCUUUGGACGUAGUCUUGAUCUUGAAAAUUCGCUUGAAUGGCUUAAAAAGGUGCAACAACAACGUUUGAUCGCAAUGAAACGUGAAGCGAUGCGUAAAUUAUUCGAAACCGUCGCAUCACUAAAAAACAUGGAAAUUAAUUUUCAAUUACGUCAAAAUCGAGCCGAACUAAUGAACAGCAGCGCAUUGUUGAUGAGUCCACCUCAUCCGCCACGAAAUUUAAGAGCAAUAAAUUCAACAGCAAAUUCAAUAGUUCUUACAUGGGAUCCUCCAUCAGAUGAUAAUGAAGGAAAACGUUUUUGGUAUACGGUAGCAUAUCAAAAAAGGACACCACGAAAACAAAGUAAUCCGGCAACAAUAAUUGAAUUUGUCAACAGUGAACAAUAUUUGAUUACCGGUUUACGUUCCUUCACACUUUAUAGUUUUUCGGUUGCAACAACAACCAGAGCAGGAAGUAGCAAACCAAUUAAAUGCUAUGAAUAUACUGAACCAUGCACUGUUCCACAAUCACUAUCAUUGGAAGCAUUAGGCUGUGAAGCGGCAACAUUUAUCUGGGAAUCGCCACAUAAAAAUAUCGCACCUGAGAAUUAUGUACUUCUACUCAGUCAAGAUCCAGCACCACAUUUUUCUUCUUGGCAAUCUUACAGUUGUGGUAAAAAUAAAAGUUUUACAGUAACUGAACUUUUACCAAAUACCAGGUACGUAGCAUGUGUUACAGCAGAACACAAUCUUGGUUUUGCAGCAAUGUCGAAAAAUUUACGAUUUAAAACAAAGAAGCAUUGGUUUAGCGAUGAUGCCAUUUGUCAUUCAUCAAGCAAUUCGAAGAUGCCUUUUGGAUCACUUUAG